ACAUGCGGAUACCGCACGGUAACCGGGAUUGACACGCGAUUGGCGCUGACGGCAGCAGGCGCGAGCUGGGACAACGGGCGACACAACGGGCUGGCAGAGGACAUCCGCGAGAAGCGUACUUUGCAACAGAAGCUAACAUCAGCGAACUUGUCCGGCUGCGAAGGAGAGCGCCACGCUUAAGACCAUCGCGCUCGUCACCGACAAACUCUGGGUAUCAAAGGAAAUAUCUUUUUGACGUCGCUCCUUCCGGGGAGUUGGAAUUAUGCCCGUUGGACACAUUCCAAAUUCGGUGUAAUUCAUAGUACAGCCGGUGGGAAACUGGGAGAGACGGAGCGCCGCUUAGCUAGUUAGCCGGCUAGCUGACGUUAGACCCUUUGCUCUUGAUUCUGCGCAUUUACUUGUUAGCUAGCUUGACAGAUAGCUGGUUAAUGUCUCUGAAUCUUGCCGUUUGUUAAUUCCCUUCGUUGGAGCCUACUCCCCGGUGAACGUAGAGUUUAUUUCGACACUUCAGGUCGUACGGUUGCUUUUGUUGCUUGAAGGAAGGCUGUACGGCUAGUGAGACAAGGUGGAGUCGGGAUAAGGCGAGUCUGUCCUAACGCGACUGUCCACCAUGGAGAACACUCACACGAAAACUGUUGAGGAAGUUUACAACCAUUUCAACGUGAACGAAAGCACCGGACUCGGUCUGGAACAGGUGAAGCGGCAGAAGGAAAAAUGGGGGCCGAAUGAGCUACCCGCUGAAGAGGGAAAGUCACUGUGGGAGCUCGUGCUCGAACAGUUUGAGGAUCUGCUCGUUAGAAUCCUCCUCCUGGCAGCUUGCAUAUCUUUUCUCCUGGCCUGGUUUGAGGAGGGAGAGGAAACCAUCACAGCCUUCGUGGAGCCUUUUGUAAUUCUGCUUAUUCUAAUAGCCAAUGCCAUCGUAGGCGUGUGGCAGGAGCGGAACGCAGAGAACGCCAUCGAGGCUCUGAAGGAGUACGAGCCGGAGAUGGGGAAGGUGUACCGGCAGGACAGGAAGAGCGUCCAGAGGAUCCGAGCGCGCGACAUCGUCCCCGGGGACAUCGUGGAGGUGGCAGUGGGAGACAAGGUUCCUGCCGACAUCCGGCUCACAUCCAUCAAGUCCACCACGCUGAGGGUGGACCAGUCCAUCCUGACUGGAGAGUCAGUGUCGGUCAUUAAGCACACGGACCCUGUGCCUGACCCCCGUGCUGUCAACCAGGACAAGAAGAACAUGCUGUUUUCAGGCACCAACAUCGCGGCCGGCAAGGCAGUGGGCGUCGUCGUGGCGACGGGCGUGAACACGGAGAUCGGGAAGAUCCGGGACGAGAUGGUGGCCACAGAGCAGGAGCGCACCCCCCUGCAGCAGAGGCUGGACCAGUUCGGCGAGCAGCUCUCAAAGGUGAUCUCCCUGAUCUGCAUCGCCGUGUGGCUCAUAAACGUGGGCCACUUCAGCGACCCCGUGCACGGCGGGUCCUGGGUGCGCGGCGCCGUGUACUACUUCAAGAUCGCCGUGGCGCUGGCGGUGGCCGCCAUCCCCGAGGGGCUGCCCGCCGUCAUCACCACCUGCCUGGCGCUGGGCACGCGGCGCAUGGCCCGCAAGAACGCCAUCGUGCGCAGCCUGCCCUCCGUGGAGACGCUGGGCUGCACCUCCGUCAUCUGCUCCGACAAGACCGGCACGCUCACCACCAACCAGAUGUCCGUGUGCAGGAUGUUCAUCGUUGACAGGGCUGAGGGAGACAGCUGCUCUCUUAGCGAAUUCACCAUUACUGGCUCUACCUACGCACCUGAGGGAGGAGUGUCCAAAAAUGGCAGCUCCGUGCGGUGCUCAGAGUAUGAAGGCCUGGUGGAGCUGGCCACCAUCUGUGCCCUCUGCAACGACUCUUCCCUGGACUACAAUGAGGCUAAAGGUGUGUAUGAGAAGGUGGGAGAGGCCACAGAAACUGCUCUGUGCUGCCUGGCGGAGAAGAUGAACGUCUUCAACACGGACUUAAGGAACCUGUCCAAGGUUGAGAGAGCCAACGCCUGCUGCUCGGUGAUAAAGCAGCUGAUGAAGAAGGAGUUCACGCUGGAGUUCUCCAGGGACCGGAAGUCCAUGUCUGUGUACUGCACCCCCAACAAGGCUCACUCCUCCACGGGCAAGAUGUUCGUCAAGGGGGCCCCAGAGGGGGUGCUGGACAGGUGCACGCACGUGCGCGUGGGCGGCAAGAAGGUGGCGCUGACGGCGGGGAUUAAGGAGAAGAUCCUGUCGGUGAUCCGGGAGUACGGGACGGGCCGGGACACCCUGCGCUGCCUGGCCCUCGCCACGCGGGACUCGCCCCCGCGCAGCGACCAGAUGCAGCUGCACGACUCCACCCGCUUCAUCCAGUAUGAGACGGACCUGACCUUCGUGGGCUGCGUGGGGAUGCUGGACCCUCCCCGGGCCGAGGUGGCGGCCUCCAUGCGGCUGUGCCGGCUGGCGGGGAUCCACGUCAUCAUGAUCACCGGCGACAACAAGGGCACGGCCGUGGCCAUCUGCCGCCGCAUCGGCAUCUUCGGCCCCGACGAGGACAUCAGCGGCAGGGCCUACACCGGCCGCGAGUUCGACGACCUGCCCCCCGCCGCCCAGCGCCAGGCCGUGCUCACCGCCCGCUGCUUCGCCCGUGUCGAGCCCUCCCACAAGUCCAAGAUCGUCGAGUACCUGCAGUCCUACGACGAGAUCACCGCCAUGACGGGAGACGGGGUGAACGACGCCCCCGCCCUGAAGAAGGCGGAGAUUGGCAUCGCCAUGGGCUCGGGGACGGCGGUCGCCAAAUCGGCCUCGGAGAUGAUCCUGGCGGACGACAACUUCUCCACCAUCGUGGCGGCGGUGGAGGAGGGCAGGGCCAUCUACAACAACAUGAAGCAGUUCAUCCGCUACCUCAUCUCCUCCAACGUGGGCGAGGUGGUCUGCAUCUUCCUGACGGCGGCCGUGGGGUUCCCCGAGGCGCUGAUCCCAGUGCAGCUGCUCUGGGUCAACCUGGUGACGGACGGGCUGCCGGCCACCGCCCUGGGCUUCAACCCCCCCGACCUGGACAUCAUGAGCCGGCCCCCCCGAAACGCGCGCGAGCCCCUCAUCUCUGGCUGGCUCUUCUUCAGAUACCUGACCAUCGGCUGCUAUGUGGGCGUGGCCACGGUUGGGGCGGCGGCCUGGUGGUUCAUCGCUGCCGAGGACGGGCCCAGAGUCACAUACUACCAACUGAGCCACUUCCUGCAGUGCUCUCCGGACAACGUCGAGUUCCAGGGGGUGCAGUGUCAGGUGUUCGAGUCGCCCUAUCCCAUGACCAUGGCCCUGUCUGUGCUCGUCACCAUCGAGAUGUGCAACGCCCUCAACAGCCUGUCAGAGAACCAGUCCCUGCUGCUCAUGCCCCCCUGGAGGAACAUGUGGCUGCUGGGGGCCAUCUGCCUGUCCAUGUCUCUGCACUUCCUCAUCCUCUACGUGGAGCCGCUCCCGAUGAUUUUCCAGAUCACUCCUCUGAACGUGACGCAGUGGCUGAUGGUGCUGAAGAUCUCCCUGCCGGUGAUCCUGCUGGACGAGGUGCUGAAGCUGGUGGCGCGGCUGUACCUGGAGCGCAGCGGCGAGGCGGAGCCGCCGGCGGCCGGCGGGAAGAGCUCGCUGCCCUCCUGCCUGGAGGGCGUGUCCUGGACCUUCGUCCUCCUCUUCCUCCCCCUGGUGCUGUGGCUGUACAGCACCGACACUAACCUGGCCGAGCUCUUCGGCUCCUGACUCACCCCGAGCCUGGCCCGCCUGUGCCGUGUGAUCGCGCGUCUGCAUGGCCCGUAAAAAGGUUUCAAUUAACAUAGAAACUUCAUUAAUCGCCAUUAAUUAAACGGUACAAAAACAAGUAUCAAGACCAAGUAAGAUGUUUCCGAGCAAAAUUUAAAUUGGAUUAAAAAUAAUGUAAAGAAUUGUGGUUCACCAGUUUGUAAGCCAACCAGCUGCCUCCUCUGCUGGAGUAUUCAUUGAACCGAUUGGAGAAUAUUAUUUUCAGCCCCCCCCCCACAGUCAUUAUUGCCUUUUAAAUUUGUAUUUUUUAUUUUUUAUUUUUUUAAGUGGACUGGUAUGGCCAUUUGUCAUUUCACGAUGUGUCCUUCCUUUUUUAAAAGUGUUUUAUAUUUGCUGCCCUCCUCGUCCAUGAGGAGCUGGUAAAUUUAUGACGUGUACAGAGAUUUAACACUAUUUUCUGCAUUUAGUUUUUUUUUUUUUCCUUCUUUUUUUUUGUAUUUGUGAGAAGGAUCAAUUUGGAGCUGUUAGCAGAGCUGUUUACCACAGGGUUUGUCAGUGUGAGUCUGUCUGUGUGCAGUUACUAAAACACCCCACUGGAAACGGAAGCCUCUCGCGAAGGUUCCUGCAUGAACAUUCCACAAGGUUUCAUCCCCUAUAACCCCACCCCCCCCCAUCCCCAUCAAUUUGAAAUUCAACAUUGCUCGUUUUCUCUUUUCAAACUUGUGUUUUUCUUUGCUUUGACUCAAAAUUUGCCUUUAUCUCUGAACUGCAGCUACCUCAGUGCUGUCAAUUUUUUUCAAAUUUUGCGGGUGGGGAGGAUGUACUGUGUCUUUUUCGAGCGUUGAUUUGGAGGACUGUAACAGAAAUAACACAGAUUCUCUGCACUAACCAGAUGCUCAGUUCUCGGCUCCUUGUUCUUAACACUGACGCCUCCAUUUUCUUAAUGCCGAAGCCAGAACAUUCCAUUUUGUUCCACUGUUCCAUGAAUAGUCAUUCCGUUCCUGAAACACGGUGGCAGCAGAUGUUCUGUACUGUCAUUUAGCAAUGGAACCUCCUGUAGUCAAGGGGAGAGAGGACCAUGAGAAUGUUGGAGAGUAGCAUCUAGCUACCGUAAACAGUAACAAUAAAAAAUUGAUCUUACCAUUAUUUCUCCGCUCUUCAAGAGGAAGAAAAACCUCACGUGAACAGUUAAAUGUAGACUUUCAAAUGUGUUGACCUUCAGUAAGGAUGUUUUCAUCGAUGCGCUUCGUGUAGGUUGAAUGAAGCAGGCCGACCACUCGAUGCACUGCAGUCUGGUGCUUCCAGUACGUCCAGCGCCCUGCAGUCCUGGGGGAAACGCUGUUGAUCCAGCAGAGAGCAUUUGGGUACAGAGGUGUGUGAAUCGCGUGUGGAACUGCAUCUGCCAGCACUAACGACUCGGGUGUUCACAGCAUGCCGCGCUAACGUGCGCUACUCUGUAUGCUAACAUCGCCAGAGCUGUGCGUUUUAAGGGGAGAAUGUAGCAUGGCUCUGUACGGCACGCGUCCUGCAGCACCAGAUCCACUCCUGCUCUCCUGGGCCUCGCCUCUCUCUCUGUCACUCUGUGAGUAUUUCUUCUCCUGCGCACUCUCAUUUGCCACCUUCCACCUGUCACUCACACGCCCGUUCUCCAACCUCGGCCAGUAAGUAAGAGGGAUACACCCCGCGCUGGGGAGUGGGGUGGAGUUAGCGUUUUUACUCCAUCUAAGCCCACAUUGGCUUGUAGGCUGUAAUUUAAUAAUUUUUCUGAUGUGUGGCAGUUUAUCAUUCAUUAAGUGUGUACAGUAAGGGAGUAAUUCUAGCAGUCUUCCAGAAUGAAGUUUGGGAGCGAUAGGUGCACCAGCUGUGACUGGAAUGCAGCCUGUCCCUCGUCCCCCUCUGACCCAAACUAGGGGCCGGCCCAAUCCUCGCGCUUCCCCGCUCAGGAAGGGAGGGUGAACGGGGGGGGGAGCGGGUUUGCCUGUGCAGACCCCAGUAAAAUAUUCCAGGUGUCUUAGAAUGUCGGAACUCGCAGGACAAGGGGCGAUAUCAUCAAAAUAUAUCGUCAUUUGAAUCCCCCUCUGUGCGGGUCUUCCGAAAACAGCCACAAAGGGAGCUUUGCUUCAUGUACUUCCACCAGCCACAGUUUCUGCUAUGGAAGGGUUCCACAGCUCUGGUCCUGGAGGGUCAGUCUGCAGGCUGGUUUUUGUUCCAAACAAGUACCUUAGAUUUAGUUUUCUGACUGCCCUAUAAUCCAUGCUGAUUCACUCCUGUACUCUAGUACUGUAAAAUCUUUAGGAUACACUUGUAGUCUGCAGCUUUAGCUAGUGUUUAUACAAACGUCAGAUUAAGAUGUAAUUAAGCUAAUUGCAUAAUUAAGAGCAGAAUUUGGCACAAAGUCCUGAAACUGUUGUGCUCCCCUGUGCUAUGGUUUUUUUAAUGCCUUUCACACUUAACCACAAAGAAGCCAUGGAGCCAUCUCCUUAUGGUCACAACAGAGGUACUUAUGUCUUAGGUCUUUACUUAUUGGAUCAAGCUGCGUAUCUCACAGCCAAUCAAGUCAAGUGAUGAUAAUGAUUGAUUCUACUUUAACCCUUUUAAGAUGUAAGAUUACAAAUCAGUGAAUAUAAGGUUCUUAACUGAACAUUCUAAUGCUGAUGUAACCAUCACUACUGGUAUUUGAAAACGACAGAGCUCUAGAACACUGACUUAGAAUUUUGAAAAACUUUCCAAAAAACCUACUCUUAAACAAAUAAAAACGAAUCAAAAGAAUGAUUCAUGGGAUGGGUCUCUCCUCUGUGAGGUCACUUGUACCUUUAUGACCUCAUAAAGCAGUAGCCAAGGCUUUGCAGUCUCUGCUUCGCUGUUCCACACCCUUUUUACUCUCACACGUCCUGCACUCCUGGUGUUGGUUUACUGUUGUCAUUUGGAUCCCCUUAAAACCAGAAAAGUAGUGAUAAUGGGUAGUCGAACAUUAACUGCUUUUAAUUUAAUAUGUUCAAAAAAACACGUUUGGGUAUGUCUAGAGGUUAAAAAAGUGUGAGAGGGAGUGCGGUGAGCGGUACCGUCUCUAGACAUUCAUUUAAAAUGUGCAAAGGGAAGCGGCUACCUGCAUAUCUGUAUAUAUACAUUUUAGAUUAAGAUUACCAGGGGCAGGUUAACAGACCUGAAAGUCUUAUAAUGCAGAGAGGAAAACCAUUCACAAUACCUGUAACUAUAGUAACCACACUGGCAAUCCUGGCCUGUAAGGAGAGACCUUAGCUUGACCAAACCUCAAACAAGAUGUAAAACGUAAAAUUUUGUAUUAAUGUACAAUAUACAGUAAUGCAUGUCCUCUGGUUGUAAGCAGCCAAGCCUAUUUUAUCAUCAUGAGUUUCUAUAUUAAGCAGCUAUGUACAAUAUUGCUAAAUGAUUAUUAAAGUACACGCCAUUUACAAGCAGUUCAGGCUAACUCAGAACCACAGAAUAGUUUCAUUACGAGACACUUUUCCUAAGGAAAUUUUUUUUAAGAGGUUGUGCAAAAUAACCAAAUCGACUUCCUUAUUUUAUUCUGCACUGUAAUAUAUCUUAUUUAAAUAAAAACUACAUUACCUGAGCAGGCCGUGAGUGAGAAGCGUUUCUUUGGAUAGUCAGUGGGUUCGUUUGACAGCCAUUGUUCCCGAAACAGCUGUUUUGUUUGAGAGCCGGUGGUUGGAAACGUGCAUCGCGGCGCCGAUUGUGGUGGAAGGAAAAUUAAACGUGUCGUGUGUGACUA